AUGAUAUCGAAAGCAUCCUGUGAAUCAGUACCCUUGCCCGCCACAGUGGAUGAGGAAUACAUUCCGACAGCUUCAGGCGUCGAAGCCACACAGCCAGCCGAUCAGCCAUCUGUGAUGGCAUUCUAUGCCAAGUCACUUGAGUUGUACGAAAUCAUGAACGAUAUCUUACUGAGCUUAUACAAACCUGUCCCCGAAGAGAAUCCAGAGGACAUGUAUGAUUUAUAUUUCAACAAAGAAAAUAAUCAGGGUGAGCGAACGAUCUUUGAACUUGAUCGAGCUCUAUCCAAGUGGAGCCAAAGUCUUCCGUCACAUCUACGGGGGUAUUCACCAGCUAGCUCUACCGAUGUUGUGUUUCACCACCAGAGUGUGGUUCUUAGAGCGAGAUUUCUGCAUGUCCGUAUGCUCCUGUUUCGUCCGAUAUUAUCCAGGUACUGUGCAGCUCGCGAUAUCACGGUCCCUGAUUCUCUCGUUUCACUCGGCGAUUCACUUCCCCAACGAAUCGCCUGGCAGUGCUCAGCUAUAUGCGUCAAGGUAGCUCAAGAAGUAAUCGAACUCAUUUACGAGAACAUCCCAGCGGACGGCUCAUCCGGCCCUCUUCCAGCUUGGUGGUACAACAUCCUCUUCCUGGACGAAGUGACCGAAGCGGCAAUUACAAGGUCUUGGAACUGUGCUUUGGAAAUUCUUAGGAAGUACCAAAGUUACAGCACAUCCGCACGCCGAUGUGUAGCGGCUCUAGAAAUCCUCUACGAGAGAGUUGUGUCAGAACGGCCCCCAUCUCAUGAACCAUCCGCCAGUCAUCAGCAACAAAGUGCGGCGUCUAAUGCAAUCGAUGACAUGUCUCUUGGAGAGGGCAUGAAUGCUAUCUUCAUGGAAGGCUUUGAUUGGCCGGAUUUCCAGGACAUGUCAUGGUUGAACAGUGUGCCCAGUAACUUACACUAA